UUCUUUCAUAUAUAUAUGUGUGUGUGUGUAGAUAUUCCCUGUUAUACGCUGGACAUGUAAUAGUAUCUUCGCUAAGUAGUUGAUUAUUUCUUGACAAAAAGAAAGUAAUUUCUAGCCUAGUUUAUAAACAAAUAAAUAUUGUCUUAUUGCGUCAUGGUCCAUUUCAACUGCAUAGAUAUGUCUAUACUACGCUUGGGUGUCAACUUAAAAGUCAACGAAUUUCUAAUAAGGACACAUUAUUUUAUUAGUUUACAACAUGCAAUUAAUGAUAGAUAAGAUCAUAAGAUAUAUGAUGUCUUUGUGAUGCAUUAAUUAUAAGUUGCACACACAAAAAUAUUUAUCUUCCCUACUACUUUUAAGAUUGUUUUGGAAAUAGCUAUUCUAAAAAGUUUGUUUACGAGUAUGAAUAUAGGCUCUCGAGAGUUCAAAUAGUUAACAUUUCUGAUUGUAAUGUUCAAAAAAAAAAAAAACAUUUAUGAUUGCACGAACAUAAAUGUGUGUAAAAUCACCUAGGAAAUGAGAAAGUGGAAGUCAAAUCAUAUCAUAUGAGAGUCCAAAUUGCCGAGCUGCGUAAUGUUAUGGUCACAUAUGAUGGCUGCCUUUACUGCUAAAACUUGGCCCACUUCACCAUUUGCUGCUUCAAUUAUUGGUCCUUUUUCUAACAUUGAUAUGUUGAGGUAAUAUCAUCGACUAUUAAUUAGUCUUUUUGGCAAAACACACAGACACUAAAAUAAGGUAUAAUAUUGAAAACGUACGUUGUUUUUUCGUUAAAUAAAAGAUGUAUGUUCAUAAUUUCAUAUUGUUAUAUAAAGAUGUUUCCCAUAUUUCUUUAUCUAAGGACAUGAUACAUAUAUAUAUAUAUAUAUAUAUAUGUUUUAAGUAUCACAAUGAGAAACAAUUAGUACAGAAAAAAAGAAAUAGUUGUAAACCCUUUGUUAAAAAGAAGAAUAACAGUAGCAAUGUGGACAAGAGAAAGCUUUUAGCUAAAUAUAGUAUAGAAAGUUAAAAACCCGAUGUUUGGCAUCUUAAGUCUGUAAAUGCAAUUAUUUUAUUUUCACCCAUCUUCUUUAACAAAACAUCUCGACAGUCCAUAAGAAUUAAUAUUGCCACGAGUAAUGUAUGUGUGCGAUAUAUCUUACACCUAAAGUAUACAGCAAGAAUUUAUUAUUUUUGUGGGAGCUACUGAACCAUACUUUUAGUACCAUGGAAAGGCUAGAGACGGAUUUUCAUAUGGCAAAGAUCAACGGGUUUAAUUAACCACAACCAAAACGCUCCUGGAGGCUGAAAAUCUAGAAAUAUAUUAAACGGGUGUCUGACAGAUCAAGGAGAUGACAUAUAUUUGAUAGUACUUGAUUUUUGUUGCUGUAAUUUGACUAAAAGAGUCUACAAGUACAAGCAAGAUAUGUUUUGAAAAUUCAUAUAGUCUUCAUAACAGCGAUUGCUAUCGUAAGCCAACGACUUCUCGAUUAAUGGUUUCUUGCAAGUAUAUCCAUAAAUAUCAUAUAUGAAUACAAUAACACAAAAAAUUGCAGGAAUCUUCUAGUAUUGUUGUUAGUGAUUAAUUUACCUCUUAUCAUCUUGAAGAAUCAAGACAUGUGGUCUUGGACUGUUGUGUGUGUUGACCCGGCUUCUCUAAGGAACAUUGUUAUUUUUUCUUUGACGAACCUUAGCUUAGUUUAUAAUCCUUCCGCUUCAUUAAAAAGUGCCACUCACGCAUUUUUUGUAAUUUUUCACAGAUAUUAAAAUAAUGAUUAAAAGGUAUUUAUUUUUUAUUUAAGAGAUAAAUUAUAUAUGUUUAACCAAUAUUAUUUAAGAUAAAUAAAUUUAUUAUUAAAUUAAUACAUUUUACAAUUAAUAUCCAGUUGAAAGUAAAUAUAAAAUGCAUUGAAAUUCUAAAAAAUCAUUGUUUGUAUAACAAAAAAAAUGCUAAGGUGACACUAUUUGAGAAACAAAGAGAAUAAUACUUAAUACUACACUUCAACAAUGAACACAUUUUAAUCAAAUAUAUAAUAAUAAAACACAUAAAUUUUAUCAGAAUCCCAUAUUAUGCAUAAAAGUCAUUAACUAAUCAACUUUUUUUAAUUAAUCAACUUACUUUAGUUAGAAUUCCAAAUUACGCAUAAAUAUUUCGUUACGUAGUUUUUUUUUUGGUUUUAUACGUGAAAAACAUGCACACUUACGUGAAUAGUCAUCACAGAAAGCUUCAAAAGGAUUCGAACAAGAGAACAUGCGUUACAUAAAACGAAGGUCUUGCUCUUGUAACACCUUCAAUCAUUAAUUUGAUAUUUGCAGUUUAGCAAAAGAACAUGCGUUACACUUUUAUCUUUGUUUUAGAUAAAAAGUAAUUUACAUGCGUAUAUGAGUGUCCUUUCGCCCUCAUAAACGAAAGUGGAAGUACUCUCAUAAGUCUCAUUGUUGGAUAAGCCCUGUCUCAACCUCAAAGCAAGGUACGCCAUACGCAGAAUAAACACUACGAUUUUUAAAAAUAAUUUCUAUUAAAUUGAAUCAACUCAUAAAUGGGGAUCUGAACAGUACAAAUCCGGUUCACCGGAAUAAACAUCAGUCUCUAGGUUACACAGACAGAAAACAUCAAUCUACAAACAAAAUCAACAUACACAGAAAACAUCGAUCUAAAAGCAAAAUAAGCACUACGAUUAUAUAUUAAGGAAAAUAGGAAGCUAAUACAGAUUUCUUGGCUAGAGAUUAUAUCCAGUGCCAUCGAUCCGAAUCUGUAAACUGUGGAAACUGCGGCUAUUGGUGUAUCUUAUCUUACCCCAUAUCGCAUAAAUAUAUUAGCUGCCCGCUGGUUGUUUUUCAUUUAUUUAUUUAGACCAGUAGGUUACAGAAGGAAAAUGGUUUUAAAUUGAAAUAAAUAACACUAUUUGAACCGUCUUUUAUGUGUUCAAUAGUUCAAUCCUCAAGAUCAACAAAGCUCACAUGGACAACAAGUAGCCUUUUACGAGAUUACCUUUAAAGCCCUCCUAUAUUUUUCAAUGUGGUCGUCAUUGUUGGUAGAGUAAAUCCAAAUAAGGUCAAUAUAAAAUUGUACUGAAUAAUUACAUAUAAAAACGAAACUGAUGUAUCAUUAGUUGCCGUUCCUCUACUGAUAUUUAUGUUUUGUCUCUAACGAAACAUGCCAAUGCGAUGCAUGUAACUUUAGGCAGGCAGUGUUCCCAUUGUAUCGGACAAUUUUGCCCUUUCCAAGAGACUCGUCUUAAUACAAAACGUCUAUUUAAGACAUAGCUCAUUGCCACAAGUUGUUCGUAUACUCAUUCCGCACAACUGUCUCUCUCACCCUCCACACUCUAAAUGACAGGUUUCACGCCGGAAAACCAAUCAGUCCCUUCGCCAGCACCGGCAACAAAACAUGGGGAUUCCACAAAACAUGUACCGGAGUUAGGUCCGCAGGCUAAACCAAAGAGGAACAAGUAUGCUUUCGCGUGUGCAAUCUUAGCUUCCAUGACUUCCAUCCUCCUUGGUUAUGAUAUAGGAGUGAUGAGUGGAGCAAUGAUUUAUAUCAAGAGAGAUUUGAAGAUUAGUGAUCUUCAAAUCGGUAUCCUCGCCGGAAUCCUCAACAUUUAUUCACUCCUUGGAUCUUGUGCCGCCGGUAGAACAUCUGAUUGGAUUGGUCGGCGUUACACAAUCGUGUUGGCCGGAGCUAUAUUCUUCGCUGGAGCACUCCUCAUGGGAUUCGCACCUAACUACGCUUUUCUCAUGUUCGGGAGGUUUGUCGCCGGUAUAGGGGUUGGUUAUGCCCUCAUGAUCGCACCUGUCUAUACCGCCGAAGUCUCUCCGGCGUCUUCUCGGGGCUUCCUCACCUCUUUCCCUGAGGUCUUCAUCAACGCGGGAAUAAUGCUCGGCUACGUAUCAAACCUCGCCUUCUCAAAGUUCCCUCUCAAGCUCGGCUGGCGAUUCAUGCUCGGCAUCGGCGCCAUACCUUCCGUCGUCCUCGCCAUCGGCGUCCUCGCCAUGCCCGAGUCACCGCGGUGGUUCGUCAUGCAAGGCCGCCUCGGCGAAGCCAAACGCGUCCUCGACAAAACCUCCGACUCCCCCGCGGAAGCCUCCCUCCGCCUCGAAGACAUCAAAGAAGCCGCCGGGAUCCCCGCCGACUGCCACGACGACGUCGUCCAGGUCUCGAGGAGGAACAGCCACGGAGAAGGAGUGUGGAAAGAGCUCCUCCUCCGCCCCACUCCCGCCGUGCGCCGCGUCAUGAUCGCCGCCAUCGGGAUCCAUUUCUUCCAGCAGGCUUCCGGCAUCGACGCGGUGGUUCUCUUCUCGCCGAGGAUCUUCAAAACCGCGGGGCUCGAAACGGAUCACGAGCAGCUUCUCGCGACCGUAGCGGUAGGAAUCGUAAAAACAUCGUUCAUAUUAGUUGCUACUUUCUUACUAGACCGUGUCGGAAGACGACCGUUGCUUCUAACUAGUGUCGGAGGGAUGGUUAUCUCUCUAGCGGUGUUAGGGACCUCCCUGACGGUUAUAGACCAGUCGGAUAAGAAAGUGAUGUGGGCCGUGGUGUUGAGCAUCGCGACGGUGAUGACUUACGUGGCCACGUUUUCUAUAGGAGCUGGGCCUAUCACGUGGGUUUACAGCUCGGAGAUAUUCCCGUUGCGGCUGAGGUCGCAGGGGUCAAGUAUGGGUGUGGUGGUGAACAGGGUGACGAGCGGUGUGAUCUCGAUGACGUUUUUGCCGAUGUCGAAAGGGAUGACCACCGGAGGAGCGUUUUAUUUGUUCGGUGGGAUUGCGACGGUGGCUUGGGUGUUUUUCUAUACUUUCUUGCCGGAGACGCAAGGGAGGAUGCUUGAGGAUAUGGAUGAGCUUUUUAGUGGGUUUAGGUGGAGAGACUCCAAGAGUAACAACAAGAACUCCAGUUCGAAUCCUGAGGUUGAGAUUGGAUUAAACAAGCAGUGAGGCUUUUUUUAAUAGGAUUUGGAUGGGAAUAUGGCAUACAAAAGAUGUAUAAAUUUGAUCCGAUAUGUUACUUGAAUGAAAUAAUAUGUUUUCUUUAUAAACCACAAAGAGUUACUCAUGUUUAUGAUAUCAAUUUUUCUUAGAUAAAAGAAUUGAAAAUAUUGUUUAAUACACAAAUUAGAUAAAAUUCAAACAAUUAUAAAAAACAUUAUAAACUGAAAUUAAUUAUGCAAAUAUCAAACAAAUAUAAAGUUGCUUAGAAAAUGUGAAAUAGUUUAAUUUUAAAAGAAACACACAUUUAAAAUAAGUUUUUAUAUAAUGAAAAAGAAGGAACACUGAACAAGUAGUCCAUGGAUUUGAAGGGUUCUUUUUUUCACACAAAAGAACAAAUUUACAGCAUGUAAUAAACUUUAGAGAUAGCUGGUGAAGAGAGGGAAUGAGAGGAGACACCAAAACACAUUGUUGAACUCAAAAGCAAUCUUCUCGGAGAGAGACAAACCCAUUUAGCAUUCACAC